UCUUCUCGCCACCCAUCGGAAACCAAAACCAUCCCUUUCUCUCUUCUCCCUCUCCCUCCUGCAAUCUCAAGACGUGAUGGGGACUCCGCAGCGGGUCCUCCUCGCGCCGUGGGCGCUGCUGGCGGUGGUGGCGCUGCAGCUCGCCGGUGCCUCGCAUGUCAUCCACUGGAGCCUCGAGGCCGAGGCGGCGCCGCCGCCGUCGGUGCCGGCAUCCAUUGUCAGCCCCCUGCUCAAGACGGGGUACCAUUUCCAGCCGCCCAGGAACUGGAUCAACGAUCCGAACGCUCCGAUGUACUACAAGGGGUGGUACCACCUGUUCUACCAGUACAACCCCAAGGGCGCGGUGUGGGGCAACAUCGUGUGGGCGCACUCGGUGUCGCGCGACCUCAUCAACUGGAUCGCGCUGGAGCCCGCCAUCUACCCCAGCAUCCCCUCCGACCAGUUCGGCUGCUGGUCCGGCUCGGCGACGCUCCUCCCCGACGGCACGCCGGCGAUCACCUACACGGGGAUCAGCCGGUCCGACAUCAACUACCAGGUGCAGAACGUCGCGUUCCCCAAGAACGCCUCCGACCCGCUGCUCCGGGAGUGGGUGAAGCCGGCGGAGCUGAACCCGAUCGCCGUGCCGGAGGGCGGCAUCAACGCGACGCAGUUCCGCGACCCGACGACGGCGUGGUACGCCGACGGGCACUGGCGGAUGCUCGUCGGCGGCGUGCGCGGCGGCGCCCGCGGGCUGGCGUUCGUGUACCGGAGCCGGGACUUCCGGCGGUGGCGCCGCGCCAGGAAACCGCUGCACUCGGCGGCGACGGGGAUGUGGGAGUGCCCGGACUUCUUCCCGGUGUCCGGUGCCGGGCUGGAGAACGGGCUCGACACCUCCGAGGCCGGCCCCAAGUACGUGCUCAAGAACAGCCUGGACCUCACCCGGUACGACUACUACACCGUGGGCAGCUACGACCGGCGCAGGGACCGGUACGUGCCGGACGACCCCGCCGGCGACGAGCGGCGCCGCCGCUACGACUACGGCAACUUCUACGCGUCCAAGACGUUCUACGACCCGGCGAAGCGGCGGCGCGUGCUGCUCGGCUGGGCCAACGAGUCCGACAGCGUGCCCGACGACAAGGCCAAGGGCUGGGCCGGCAUCCAUGCGAUCCCGAGGAAGAUCUGGCUGGACCCCAGCGGGAAGCAGCUGCUGCAGUGGCCGGUCGAGGAGGUGGAGAAGCUCAGGGGCAAGCCCGUCAGCGUCGCCGGCAAGGUCGUCAAGCCCGGCCAGCAUUUCGAGGUCACGGGCCUCGCAACUUACCAGGCUGACGUGGAGGUGAGCUUCGAGGUGUCGAGCCUGGACAGGGCGGAGCCCUUCGACGCCGCGUACGCCAACGACGCGCAGAAGCUGUGCGGCGUCAAGGGCGCCGACGCCAAGGGCGGGGUGGGGCCCUUCGGCCUGUGGGUGCUGGCCUCUGCCGACCUGCAGGAGAAGACGGCCGUCUUCUUCAGAGUCUUCAAGGACGGAUACGGCAAGCCCAAGGUGCUCAUGUGCACCGACCCCACAAAGUCGUCUCUUAGUCCAGAUCUGUACAAGCCGACCUUUGCGGGCUUCGUCGACACCGACAUUUCGAGCGGGAAGAUCACUCUCAGGAGCUUGAUCGACCGAUCCGUGGUGGAGAGCUUCGGAGCAGGAGGCCGGACUUGCAUCCUCUCAAGAGUCUACCCCUCCAUCGCUGUCGGCAAAGACGCUCACCUUUACGUCUUCAACAAUGGGGAGGCGGACAUCAAGGUGUCGCACCUGACUGCCUGGGAGAUGAAGAAACCGCUCAUGAACGGCGCCUGAGAAGUCACUGAUGGGAACGGCGUCUGGGAGAUGAAGAAACUACUGGUGAUGAACGGCGCCUAAGAAACCAUUGAUGACCUUAUUCGUUUUCUUUGACACGGCUGCUUCGCAGUUGAUUGUCGUUGUUGACGUCCUUCAUUAUUGAUCAAGAAGUGACAGUUUGGGUCGUUACUUCUGAUAGAUUCUUCUUCUUCUUAUUUGUGUAUGUGUACACGUGGGGGGGUUUUUUCGUGCUCAGCUGUUGAGGGAAAGGGAGAAAUUGAUUAUGCUUCUUCUUGUACUAUAUGAGUUAUCAGAUGAUGAAUAACUUGUAUGAUGAAUAAAAGCUGCUAAUUUUACAGCUGCUAA